AUGACAAAAAUAUCUCAAAUUAUUGAUCCAUAUCAUGCUUUUUGGAAAGAACUUCAAGAUGCAACAGGUGGAACAUAUCUUCGACGAAUACCAAAUGCUGAUCAUGUUUGUGUUGGUCAUAUAAUAAGUUAUUUUCUUACAAUGCGAAGCUUUUAUAUCAGUAUAUACGAUAAUCAACCAUUACCUAAACUUCAAUGGAUAAAAGCAUCGAAUAAUACUCAUGGAUAUAUUCGAGCAACUGUAGAUUUUAGUAUUGGACCUAAACCAAUCAGUGCUUAUGGUUAUCGCGCUCGCACACUGAACGAUAAACGACGAGAUUUUCGUCUUCUUAUUGGUAAUCCUGCUGAUCCAAAAAAACCAAUGGUAAAUCCUGUAUUUUGGUUUAAUACUGAAGUUGUCAAAGAGAUAGAAACAAACACAACAAUCAUUUAUUCAUUGACAAUUGAAAACCCAAAUGAUGGUUGGGAAGGCUUUUUCAUUCAAAUCAAUUUUCCUGGUUCAAAUGGUACUGUUUUGGAAUUAACUACUGAGACACAGAUUAUUCCAGAUAGUUAUCCAACGAAUGAUUGUCAUGAUGAACAAUGUGCGGGUUCACUCGUUUAA